UCCCAUCUUUCUGUUCAGCUCCGCUCUGAUUUCAUCUGUUUAAGUCUGCGCAGCGGCCCAACAAGAGCAACAGCAGCCACAGCCAUGAAGUCCCAAGCUCUUGUCCUUCUCCUGGUCCUCUCUUGCACGUAUCUGUGCCUUGCACAAGGCUCGUAUGGCAACUGCUGCCUCGGCCAUCAUACUAGGAUUGCAGAAAGAGUAAAGAAAAACAUUGAAAGUUACAGGAUGCAGGAAACAGAUGGGGAUUGCAACAUCAGAGCUGUUGUAUUCCUGAUAAAGAAGAAACCGUCACAUGCAAAACAGUUGACUCGCUGUGCCAAUCCGGAUGAUCUUUGGGUCCAGAAGCUGAUGAAGACGGUGGAUGUGAAAAUGAAGAAACGAGGACGUGGAGUUUAACAACAGAGGAACGGGGCCAGGAAGAGGACGGCAGAUGUUUCACCUCCCGUUUUUUUGGGCGCCAUAUAUCACCUUUAACCACAUGGAGUAUGUUUUGUGCAUGGUUCAAUAUAACACGAACAAACCAUAUGCUCAUUGUUAUUGCCAUUUAGCUAAAUGCCUUUAUAUGAGCCUACGUAUCCAUUUCUCUUUAACAUGUAGCAGCUGAUAGGAACGAGCCACUGGUUGGCAGCUUUGAAAUGUAUUCUACAGACUAUAUUUGUGUAAAAAAUGGGAAUAGCUUUGAUGUUUUUUGAAUGAAAGGGUUUCCAAAUUUUUGUAAAAGUAUUAUCAUUUUAUUUUUUCUCUAUUUUCGUAUCAACUAAAGAGGCAAUAAAACCCGACUCUGGUUUCCUUUAAAAGUCGACCGUGAAUAAGGAAACACCAAGAUGUUUUACAUCUGCUCUGUCAGGAUUUGCUGGUGCACCAUUCCUCUAUGAUAAGAUCUUAACUGGAUUUCCAUGAGGGCAGCUCCGGUAAUCUCUCACAGUCUGAUUUGGCAGAAGCUUGAACCAAUAAUUAAUGACACGAGACGUCCGUUCACACUAUGAAACUUGGCUCACGGGAGAUUUGGUCAAAAAAUACUUUUUUCUUUGGCUUCACGAUAACGACGGUAAAGCAUUGGCAUGUUGGCAGCAUGGGAGUUAAAGAUCUAGCGUGACUGAGAUUUUCUGCCGUUUAGAUAAAAAAUCUGUCACUUGGGCUGAAGAAUAGUGAAACAGGUUUUGUGUGGCGUAACCAUUUACGCCACAUCUGGUUCAUUCUGGCUGUGAACUGAUCCUUUUAGAAUGAUCCAAUUCGUCACGUAAGUUUAUACAAAGUUAGUCUUCUGCGUUCCCAUCAAGAACAAUGGACACAAGAUGGAGAAACAAAACUGUACUCCAAUAGUGGAUUAUCACCUGGACCAGUUCAUGUAUUUUUAUGCACAAAGCAUAAAGGUGUUAGAAUUCAAUUUAUAAAACAAAGAAAGACCGAGAGUUACUUAAAAAGUUGAGACCCAGAUGACGUUGAGGAAGUGGUUGUAUCCCCACGGUGACCCUGGACCUCCGAGGUCCUCACGCAGUUGCUCGUAUUCUUGUUAAUCCAGUCAAAGGGUUGAACCUUGUGAAUGUUUCCCCACUCAGCCAAGACGCUGCUCAUUUGCCGGCGGAUGGAUGAAUUGUGAAAUGUCCUGAAACAUCAUAAACAGGUUUAUGAGGACAUAGAGACAUAAAGCUCGAUGUCCCCGGUGCAGGUUCCUCUUUGGACCUUUUUCUGUAACGGUUUGUAACUGAAGAUUUGGCAAAUUAAACUGAGUAAAAGAACAGCAACAAUGUUCUUACAAGGAUAUUGUUUGCUUUCUGAGUGUCUUAUUUACUAAUCUUACUUAUAAUAUUAAUAAUAAUAAUGGUUAUCAUUACGUUAAAUCCCCUGAAGCUGUAAAAGCUCCUCCAUGUUCUUUCCUGCAUUGCAUUGCAAGUCAAGCAUUUAAAAAAAUGCAUGUUGUCUUUUUUGAACUAAAUGCUGGCAUAGAAGGACUAUUGUAGGACGGCUUCAUGGCCUCUCACGAUGGCUGUUGUGCAAUCACAAUGUAGUCGUUCAUUUCACUUUCAUUUCAUUCUUUUGAAUCAUUUAGAAACUCAUUGCACGUGACGAGAGCGUUGCUUUGUCUGGGGUAUUGUAAGUGGAUGUGUGCAACACUACUUCAAGUUUGUAAAUGUUUGUUUCUCCAGCAAAACAUCUCCCUGCUUCCUGAGAGACGUGUUAUAUCUCGCUCCAGUUGUGCUCAUUUUAAAGAGCUUUACGGGAAUCAAACUUUAACAUUCCACAAGGAUUGUCUCUUAACAUUGACAGUUAUUGGUUGCAAACACCCUGAAGCUAAACUGGUCGUGAAUGGAUUGAUGUGAAUAAAAAUACCAAACAUCUC